UGAUGUCAACAAAAGCAGAACUACCCCGACAUACGCACGACAUUUUUGAUCGAAAUCGGCGGGCAUAGCGGACGUGGCAAGCUGUUGAAUUUGUCCUUUUCUAGCUGCCCUAGUUCUACAUCCAGACAUCGCCUUUAGAAGACGUCGUCCAAUACGGACCAUAACCGGGGCACAUGACAUGACUAGUCGGCGAAGAAGAGCGCUGGCCGGGCCGGUACGUUUGAACCGGACAGGUUUGUUGUGAUACCUCGUUCGACCGCUCUGUUGUACUGUUUCCAGUACAACAAUUACUCUACCAUGUCCUACGGGAAAGGUUUUCCUGCCAGAAUGAUGCGGCAUUUCUUAGUUCUGAUGCUGUUUUCCGUGGCAACAUUCACGUUGAUAUCGUUGCACACCAACAGUGUGAACGAUGUGCAGCAAGAUUUGGCGGGAAACCGUCAACCUUAUCUUGUCAAGAACAAGGGAAUAUACGAGCAGCAAAUGCAGGAAAGAGGCGAACGUUUCGCUCGGGGAAUAAAACUACUGCAAGCAGAAGAAGAAUCACAACUGGAAUACCAAGUCGGACGGAGCUUGAAAAAGGCGGGAUCGCGAAGUCCAGAGUCCAAACCUGAGGGAACCCGACGGUACACAGACGCAGUGUUUGAUUUGGAUGUCCUGGACGAUCCUUUCAGUGAUAAGCCGAGCUGUCGAGGCAACUCGGAACUUCUUCUGCUUAUUUUGGUCACCAGCGCUCCCGGAAAUGUCGACCGAAGAAAAGCGAUUCGCGCCACUUGGGGCAAUAAAAAGGCGGGAGACUCUUGGAGAAAGUACGGAGACAAACCGGCUAGAUGGAAAACUGUUUUCCUGUUGGGAAAAACUCCUGAGAACCCCUCCUUAAAUUUCCUACUCGAGAAGGAGGCGCGGGAAAAUGAAGACAUGCUAUUUGGAGACUAUAUCGACUCUUACCGUAAUUUAACCUUGAAGGUUCUUCACGGAUUUAAGUGGGCCAGGGACGAAUGCGAGCCCGAAUUCGUCUUAAAAACGGACGACGAUUGUUUCAUCAACACGCCUUUAUUUCUGAAAAUGUUGCAAGAACACAGACCGUACAAGACAGACUUCUACACUGGAAGCGUCUUCGAAGGGCACAAACUUGCUGUCAUUCGAGACCCGCGUAGCAAGUGGCAUGUGAGUGAAGACGAACAUCUCUCGGACAGUUACGCGCCUUAUGCAAGUGGUAUCGGCUACAUGCUAUCCAGACCAGCUUUGGAGAAGAUUUUGGACAUGGUGAAGUUUGUUCCACCGUUUCCAAUAGAAGAUGCGUACAUAGGGACACUGGCGAACGAGGUUGGGAUAAUUCCUCUGGACAGUGGUAGGUUUUCCCUACACCACGGCAUGUGGCGGACAUGUAACUAUCUGUAUCUGUUAGUGGUGCAUCAUAUGCCCAUAGAGGAUCUUCCUGUAACAAUGCAGAAAGUACGGGACGCACCGUUACAGUGCAGGGGGAGUGCAGUGCAUGGUACAUGGGAUUGAACCUGCCCAGGGGUCGACCAUUUACAAAGAAAGGGGAGGGCAGUGAAGAGUCAGAAAAAGAUGGUUAAGAAAUACAUAUCGAUUAUUGAGGGUGAGAAAAUUUAUAGAGUUUAUUUUAUUAACAUAACAGGAGUUGAGAAUGUUUCAUGAGUUGAGCACAAUAUGAAGUGAAUUGUCCCUGGUGAAAUUUGAUAUCCAUCCUCAAAUAUCCCCCACAAUAGCCUCCUAAAGCCAAGAGGGAUGAUGCAAACGUUGGGAAAGACUGUAACUCUAGGAGACUGCAUCAGGAUUCGUAAUCCAGAGGAUGUUUUAUUGUACUUGGUAAUCCGAAGCUCAUGUGUAUUUUGGGUCUGAUGAAUGAUUUAUAACUGUUAAUGCACAUAACAGUCCUAUUUGCUUGACACACAUUGUUACCAUAGGCUGGCUUCCUUCAAAGUCAUUUAGAACACCCUACCAAGAAUGUUCUAUCAAAUUGCACAAGACUUUAUUUUAGUUAUGCUCUUCAACCAAACCAAUUUUCAUUUUAGUUCUAAUCUUAAAAAAAAAAAACUGACGGGUGACUUUGUACUGAUAGUGCAAUAUAAAUUUAUCCCAAAUUUUAAAUUGUAAACCCAUAGAAAUUGAUUGACAGCCAGUAUCAAAAUUCCAUAUUGUACCAUUCAUUUUUGAAAGCAUGUGCAUAAUGACCAUGUAUGGUGUAUUAGUGAAAGAAACCAUGACAAAUUUAAAGUUUAAUAACUUCUCAAAUAUUGUUGUAACAAAUUGGUGCAAUGUUGAGUUGCAUGCCAGUGUGUGUACCAUGUAAAGUACUACAGUCAAACCUGCCCAAUACAACCACUCACAGGACCAAUAAAAUCUGGUCUGUUGGACAGGUGGUCACUAUUGUCUUGAUAAGAUUCUUAAUGCUGGUGGAAAUCUUGUACAGGUUU